GACAUUCGAUCAAGUGCUUUGAAUGCAACAGCAACAUUGAUAUUCGAUGCGCUCUACCAUAUCCACCGUCUGAAUUUGUUGUGAACUGUGAUAUUGUGUCAGCCAAUACAAAUUUGACGUACAAUUAUUGCCGGAAGAUUUCGCAAGUGAUUCGAAUUGGCGUUAAUGAAUUGGAGCCCGACAGCCGAGUCAUUCGUGAAUGUGGCAGUAAUAUAACCGAAGUUCGUGCCGAAUGCUAUACUCGCCAUGGCGUGUCUGCACAUCAACAGAUUUGCGAAUGUGAUAUCAGCUACUGUAACGGUGUUGAGCCAGUUCGUAAAUCAAAUCAUGUUCUUCUCAUCGUGUUCCUUGUGCUGGUAAUUUUAAAACCAUUGGUGGUUCCGGUCACGGGCCGAGCCUAA